AUGGCAACCCAUCUCCAAGAUCAAGAUCCAGUGAAUGAAAAGGAAGAGAAUAUUUUCAUUCUCAUUCCAAACUUGAUUGGGUAUGCACGAGUCGUCUUCGCUAUUGCUUCACUUUAUUAUAUGCCUUAUCAUCCACGAACCUGUUCGCUCCUAUAUAGCGCUUCAUGUCUCCUAGAUGCCUUGGAUGGGGCGGCUGCUCGACGCCUUGGACAGUCGACGCAGUUUGGCGCUGUCCUGGACAUGAUCAUUGAUCGAUGCACAACAACUUGUCUGUUAAAAGUUUUGUUUACUGUCUGCGCGAUGAAUGAGGCAUUUUUCAUUGCGCUAUAUUUGCUUUCAUUUUCUUCGCCACUACUCAUGCCUUCACUGGAGAACAGCAAAGCAAGCUCUGCAACCGCCUCCCAAAUCUGGGGUUCGCCUUGGAGUUCUGGGGCUAUGGAAAUGGCUCGUGCCAAUAAAAUCAGCAGUUCGGCACCAUGGUUCAUCCUUGCCGUCUCAUCAUCAUUCAUGCUCUUCAAGCAUGCUUUCCUCGCCAGCCGUUCUGAGCGUACAGGAAGCUUAAAUGACCUGGAACAAUGUAUCCUUCUGGGAAGACAGGCUGUUGACAUUAUUCCAACCGAUGACCCGCACAGGGUUGAUCUUCUAUUAGACCUGAGCGAUUACCUUCACAACAGGUACAUCAGGUUAGGAUCACCAGAAGAUAACAGGCAGGCGGUUGAAAUCAUACAAACAGCAAUGCAGUCCCAGACAAAGUAUGCUUCGCUUCGACCAAGUCAACUGUGCACUCUCAGUCACCGUUUCCGAGACCGAUAUGAAAGUACAAUGGAGAAAGCUGAUAUCGAUCAAUUUAUUCAACUUGCUCAGGAAGCGCUCAAUCGUGUUCCUCUGGACCACCCUCAGCGCGCGUACCGCCUCCAUUCCCUGAGCAGCGCUCUAGAAAAGCGAUUUCUAGUUCUUGGGACCAUGUCCGAUCUGGAAAAGUCUAUCGAGUACAGCGAAAAAGCUCUCGAAUCUACAUCACCUGAUCGCUCUGAUGGAAUAAAUUACUUAUAUGCGUUAAGCAUUAAGUUAACAUCUCGAUACGAACUGCUCGGUGGCCUAAUCGAUCUAGAAGACGCCAUCCACUUGAUGCAGAGCUGCAUAGAAAGUGCGCCACCGAACUAUUUGAACCGUGUUUCCCAUCUGAAAACCCUAAGUGACCAACUUGGGUAUCUGUUCGAAAGCAACAUGCAAACGGGGACGUUAGAUCGGGCGAUUGAUACAGCAACUGAAGCAAUCAAGCUUGUCCCCAAGGACGACAUGAUGAGAUCCAGCAUUCUGAAUAGCCUUCAUUUGCUUUUCAUAUCACGGUUUAAGACAACGAAUAACCUAUCCGACCUGAAAUCAGCCAUCGAAGCCCAGCGUGAGGCCAUAAAACGCGAUUCCCAUUACCGCGGAGAUCGUUCCAUCUUGAUCCACAAUCUCAGCGUGGGCUUGGCUCUUUUACAGCACACUGGUGAACCAACAGAUCCAACGGAAGCGAUCAAGUUAAGCUGGGAAGCAGUCAAUGCAGCAUCCGAGUAUCACCCCAAUCGCGCAAUGUAUCUCAACACGUGUGGCACGUUCCUGAAGGAGAACUACGAAAGCACCAGGCAGAUAAUUCUUGGGGAUAAAAAGCCGAAUGAAUUGUUCCUUGAGGCCUUCCACCAUGAGAGCUCUCCUCCGCUAGAUCGUAUCAAAGCUGGGGAAAAUGCCUUUGACUGCUAUAUUCCAAUGGAGAGUGGACUCAGGCGAAUUCGGUGGCGAGAGAUGUUGUGA